AUGGAGCAGUUGAAACCUCAACUUUUUUCUACAAUUCCCACACUCCCUCCCAAACCUAACCCAUCUGCAUUUAUCAUGGGAAAUUGCAUGGACACAUACUCAGUAUUCUUCCAAGAAAAACAUGAAACGGAGAAAGAUCGGAGUGAAGAUUCGGGGGAGUUUGUGAAGGAGAGCCGGGGAUUUGAGGAGGCGACAACGAAGGUGAGGAUCAAAGUGGUGUUAUCGAAAGAGGAGUUGGAGUGGCUUGUUUUGGAGCUGGAGAAUGGGAAGAAUGAGAAGAGUUUGGAGGAUAUUUUGGAGGAGAUAGAGAGUAGUCGAGAGAGUUAUAGAGGGAAGAUUGUGAGCUGGAAGCCUUCUCUGGAGAGUAUUAAAGAGAGUCCUGAAGUUGUUGAAAUGGAAAGAUAA